AGGAUUCGUGACGCGAAGCUUGAGGAGGAUCCCACGGUGCUGUGAGUCUGGAAUUGAUCACUGAGUCAGAAAGAGACGGAGCUAGUUUGAAACAAGGAAUGCUAAAUAUAAGAUGUUCGCUUGAAACUUAUUGCAUCAAGGACGUGCAGUAAAUGUAUCGAGCUCGGCCGCUUCUCAUGUACUAGCGCCAGCAGGACUUGUGGGGACAAUCGGAAUAUCCUUGAAGUUUUUGUGUGUGUGUGGAUAUAAUAAUAAUUAAAAAAACAAACAUAUUAACAGCAGUCCUAUCGGGAUAAUCAUGGAUUGGGGUACGGAACUCUGGGACCAGUAUGAGAUCAUCGAUAAGCACACGCAGUGGGGUCUGGAUCUGGUCGAGAAGUACGUCAAGUUUGUGAAGGAACGGACGGAGAUCGAGCAGAACUACGCCAAACAGCUCAGGGGUCUGGUGAAGAAGUACAGUCCGAAACGUGGCACCAAAGAAGACCAGGAAUGCAAGUUCAGUCAAUCCCAGUCCUUCGUGGACAUCCUGAAUGAGAUGAACGACUACGCCGGCCAGAGGGAGGUCGUAGCUGAGAAUAUGAUGAUGAACAUCUGCAUUGAGCUCACCAAGUACUCUCAGGAUAUCAAACAGGAGCGCAAGAUGUUUCUUUUGGAAGGGAGGAAAGCCCAGCAGUAUUUGGAGUGCAGUUUUAAACAGCUGGACAGCAGCAAGCGCAAGUUUGAGCGAGAGUGGAGAGAAGCCGAGAAGGCCGCCCUGAAUGCAGAGAGGCUCGACCAGGACAUCAAUGCAACAAAGGCAGACGUGGAGAAGGCAAAACAGCAAGCCCACCUGCGGACUCACAUUGCAGAAGAAUGCAAGAACGAAUACGCGGCACAGCUCCAGAAAUACAACAAGGAUCAGAACUCCUUCUACUUCACCGACAUGCCUCAGGUUUACAAUAAGCUGCAGGACAUGGACGAGCGGCGUCUGAAGAAGCUCAGGGAGGGGUAUCACACCUUCGCUGAGACGGAGCGACGGGUCAUGCCAAUCAUCGGGAAGUGCCUGGACGGCAUCACCAAGGCUGCCGACAACGCCAACGAGAAGAAAGACGCCCUGACCUUGAUUGAGCUGCACAAGUCCGGGUUCCAGCGGCCGGAGGACGUGGAGUUCGAGGACUACAGCCAGGCCAUCAACCGGGCGACCUCCGAGAGCAGCCUGGGUACCCCCAAAGCCCCCUCGGACCUGCGCCCCAUUGGCAAGAACAAGUCCAAGCUGUGGCCUUUCAGCAAGAACAAAAAGCUCCCUCCCCCUCCACUGUUGCCCCUCACCCCUCACUCCUUGGCCGCUAACGGACCCCCCUCCCCCAAGUUCAGCCGGGAUCCGCUGUCUUACUGUCUCAACGAGAUCAAUAAGACGGUCAAACCCCGCAUCUCGUCCUUUCGCAGCCUCAAGAGAGCGACUGCGUUUACAGAGGAUUUCAGUCACCUGCCCCCAGAGCAGAGGAGGAAAAAACUACAGCAGAAGAUUGAGGAAUUAAACAAGGAGAGGCAGAAAGAAGUGGAUCAGAGAGAGGCUCUGGAUAAAAUGAAAGACGUUUAUCAGAAGAACCCUCAGAUGGGAGACCCCAACAGCCUGGAACCCCAGAUCUGCCAGACUUCCAACAACAUCGAGAGACUGCAAGCGGAGCGGCAGAAAUACGAGUCGUGGCUAGCGGACGCAGAGGGGCGCCUGGUGCAUCGCAGCGAGACGAUGAGGUACACCGUUCACCGAGAGAGUGCACCGUCCCUCAACAACAACAAUGGAUCACACAGCAAGGACAGCCCUGACUCAGCCCACUCUGACGACAGUAAUCAAGACAGCUCCUCCCAGCCCAUCUACGCGGAGUUCGAGGAUGACUUUGAGGAUGAAGACUCUGUCCUGCCUAUCGGGCAGUGCACAGCGGUCUUCCACUUUGACGGCGCCAGUGAAGGUACAAUCUCGAUGCGGGAAGGAGAGGUCUUUAGUGUCGUUGAGGAGGACAAAGGGGACGGCUGGACCCGGGUGCGGAGAGUCAACGGGGACGAGGGCUACGUCCCCACAUCCUACGUCAAAAUCGCCCUGCACAGGAAGUGACCCGCUCGCUGACAGAUGCAGCCUGGGCACUAACAGGAAGUGAGGCCACGCCCCAGCUUACAUCCAGGAAGUAAACCCUUUUUAUUCUGCUGCCAAAUAUUUUUUUUAUUACAUUUUUUUUUUUUUUUUUUUACAUGACCAAACGGAUUUGGCCGAAGAGAAAAAUAGGAUUAUUAUCAAUAUCAUUUUUAAAACAAUUGCUGAGGUGGUAACCAGUAAAGUAAAGACAACUUCGCUGUCUUUGCAGCCAAAGGAUUUAACAAGAAAGUUCUGGAACUUCGUUGUUUGGACGUGGCCACAAGGACGUUUUUAGAUUUUAAAAAAAAAUAAUUUGAAGAAUUUCAAAUGCAAGUUUAAUAUCUAAAGGUUUCGUUUUUUCGGACGUUGGCUUUUAAAAUAAACUCGGUUGCUAAGAUGGAAGGCAGAAUAUUAGGAUGGGGGUCCUGCCGCAAAGGACAAGAGAUAAUAGGGGUCUGUUUGACGUUCAAACGUUGUUGUGUUUGUCUUAAAGAAAAGCUUGAAGCAGGUGUUUCCUUCAGCUGAGAGAGACGGCAGAAGUCACUUUGAGGCUGUGGUAAGCUGCCGUUAACAAGGUCACAAUUAAGAGUCUGUUCCCUCUUCUCAGUGGUGUCGCAGCCACCCUGAAGAGUUCAACACCACGAAUAGAAAAAUAUCUAGAAGGUCACAGAAGCAUUCGCAAGGAGCAAUGCAUAAGACCUGGGGUGGCCAACGUUGUUCCUUCCACUCCUGGUCUUUGUUCCAACCCUGUUCUGAAUUGUUUGAACCAAUUAAACCUCCAUCCUGAUCCUGACGUAGUUAACGAUGUUAAACCUGGAGUGGAGUGGCCCUCCAGGACCAUGAUUGGACACCCCUGCAUUAAGACAAUCGAUCUGAACAUGUUAGCAGUACCACCGUGAACCACCAGAGGGCACUAUAUUGCAAAAGACGUUCAAUCCUUUAUAUAUAUUUUAUUCUUACAGCAAACACUUAAAAGCGUACAUUUUUAUAUUUUAUUGAACGAAACCUGUCCUGUAAAGGGUUAAAAUAAAAUCUCACUUUUUUUUUAACCACGGAACUGACCAGCGCUGUACAAACGCCACUUGACAAAAUGAGGAGAGAAGACUUUUUUUUUUUUUUGGGGGACUAUCGUAUUUAUAUGUAAGAAAUAAUAUAUUUUAGCUGACUCUUUACCACUGUUAUCUCUUAGCUUAUUACCUGUAUAAAUAUACUUUUUUAAGAAAGAGGAGAGAGGAGACCUCUUUUUAAGAAAUGUCAUUUUAUAUUUAAUAUGUUUUGUGUGUGUGUGUUUUGUUCCCCCCCCCCCCCCCCCGAGGGUUACGACAUAACUUUUUGUUUUUGCUUGAGCUGAGCCUGUCCUAUUAUACAAAAUGUUUUAAUCAUGUAUGUAGGUCUCUCUAUAUCUGGUGCCUUGAUUAGUGUGCUGUAAAUAGGUUCAACAAGAUUUGCCUACCGUUUCCUAUGUGUGUGUUGUUUUUUUAAGGGAUAUAAAUGAUCACAUUUUAAAAAUA